GCCUAGUGGCGUCAUCCUAAGAAAUGUACUUGGUGCUUUUUUGUGGUGCUUUAGUUGACGUGCAACAUCUCUCGUGAUAGCUCCAACAAUGCUAGGAGCCAACGUCGUUACUGGUAUCCACGGCAUUUUUGUAAAUAGCAGACGUCAAAAGCUCCACACCCUUCAUUACCCUUCCAAAAGUGGGCCCCCGGCAGCUCUGCUCUUUCUUCAUCACGGCCUUGCAGAGCACAGCGGGCGCUACGACAAGGGUAAAAGAAGCUUUAAAUCUAUGCCGAAGAGGACCUCGAAGAUGAUGCUCCUGACCUUUGCCUGGAUCCGGUAUCCUGCCCCUCCCCAACACGUAACCCUAACCACUCCUUCCCCCUCCCCUCAUUCCGGCAGUGCAGUCUGCCGCUACUUGGCUGACAAUGGCAUUGCGGUAUACACGUACGAUGCUCACGGCCAUGGCAGGUCGGAGCCGCUGGACGUGAAUUCCCGUGCCUACAUACAAUCGUAUACGCACCUGGUUGACGACCUGUCCGACUACAUGGACUCCGUGCUGGCGUCCCUCACACCCGCAACCACCACCUCCACGCCCCCGCCUCCUUCUGCUGCUGCUGCUGCUCCUGACCCGCACUCCACAACACAGCCACAGCAGCAGCAGCAGUCUUCGGCCAUGCAGCCCUCCCCCCAGCCGCUAUCCUCAACCCCACCCCCGCCCCCGGUGUUCAUGUUGGGUCACAGCAUGGGCGGCCUGGUGGCGGCGCUGCUGUGUUUGCGGCGGCAGCAGCAGGUGGCCGGGCUCCUGCUGCACUCGCCGCUGGUAGACAUCGAGUGGACGCCGGUGCUCAGGGUUCAGGCCAUGGUGGGAGGUCUGCUGGCGACCCUGGUCCCCCGCGCCAGGCUGGUCCCCGCGGUGCGGCCCGAGGACAUGAGCCAAGACCCACGGGUCGUUGCGGACUACGUCGCCGACCCGCUCAACACGGUGGGCCCGGUGCGGACGCGCACCGGCCACGAGCUGCUCCGCGGGGUUUCGGAGCUCCGUCGUCGCGCGUCUGAGCUGGUGCUGCCUGUGUACGUGUGUCAUGGCACCCGGGACGCGACCACCAGCGCAGCCAUGUCGAGGAGGCUGGUGGAGGGGCCGGGCGGGGUGUCGAGUGGCGACAAGGUGUUUCGGAGCGUGGAGGGAGGAUACCAUGAGCUGCUGCAUGGGCCAGAGUGGGAGGAGUGCACGGGGGAGGUGCUGGCGUGGAUGCGCGCGCGGAUGGAGGGGCGGGCGGGCAGCCGGGCGGUGGGAGGAGGCGGUGCGGGUGCGGGCGCAAUUCGGGCGAAGAUGUAGGAAAAUCCAAAAAAGGGGAACGGAUUGUGGGUAGGGCCUUUGCUUGGAAGGCGGAAUUACCCCUAAUGAGUCUUGUAGAAGGUGUACUAUGUGCAGUAGUUGUUCGUUGUUUGGGUGCAAUCACCCAGCCCCACCUGGGCUUACAAUGUAGCUGUAUACUUGCCAUUGCGGUUAUGUUUCCUGUACCUGUUGCUGUUUCAGCGGUACAGGAGUCUCGGUAUGCAAUGAUCCUCGUCUCGUUCCAUCCUUGCCAGUCGUAUGCUUGGUGCUAUAGCUGUUCGCAAUUCGUAGGCUAGGGUGUUGUCCGGUAUGUCAGUCAUGUUUUGUCCAGUAUGUCCGUCAUGUUCAGGCCGUUUUAGUAUGUAGCCAAGCUGUGCUUCGUUCUUAGAUCUCUUGUCCCAACAGCGGGCGUAAGCGGAGAAGAGGGGAUGCAGGCUGCAGGCUCGGGACU